AUGGAAGUUUUCAUAUAUACCCAGGAGGCAAAACAAAAACAUGCUGUCAUUCUCAAACGGCACAAACCUCGUCAAGAAAUUGACGGAAAUGGCAACCGGACGGGACACUUGAGGGGACUUUCUGUCGGAAAUAGGGCAGUUGAGUUUAUCUGGCUACGAUUCAUGGGAUAUUCGGCCAACACCUUCACCCAAAUCAUACCGGCAAGAAAGUUCCAAGACAUGCUCCAGCAUGAUCAGCUUCUUUCAGCGCCAUUAGCCGCGCUCUACUGGACCGCACAAGGCCGAUCCGUGAAGGAUGUCUUCGGUCCAUUCUAUCUCAAGCCGGACUUAGACACGGCUUAUAUUGAGACUGGCUCUGAUGGCACUCGAGCCAUACUGGCCACAGACUUUGUGGACAAAGUUCAAGAUCCCCUUCCAUUGUGUCCACGCUCAAAUCUGCGACGGCUGUGCCAUGUUAUCUCGGAUAUUGCCGGCUUCUCAGCUCUCGUAGGACUCGAGGUGGAAGUUAUUUUCAUGCGUCCUGUAACGGGGGGACAGCACUGA